AUGUUGCCUGGGUAUAAUACACAUAAGAAUAGGAGAAGGCUUGCCAUUUACACGGAUAAGCUCAGGCCAUCUGCAUCUUUCAUCACUGGAAUUACCGUGGCUUCCGUUUUGUUUACUUUCCUGUCGAUAUUCCCAAGAGCUCCACCGUCUAUCCCAUACGCCUUUGAGGAAUUUCAGCCCGAGAAGCCCGACUGCCUCAGUUGCGGUUUAGAUCCCACCGUCGCGCUCAUCGACAGCCAGUCGUACAUCCAGCCGUAUGAGGAUCCAGGCAUGAACAAGCACCUCACAGAAUCUCAAUGCCUGAACCAAUACCCUGGUUUGUUCUAUGAGGCGGAAAGAGCUUUGGCUUAUUGGUCGGAGCGUGGUGGUAUCACGCUGAAGCACUUGGAUAAAGCUUCAGAGAAGGCACACGGGAGGGUUGUAAUACACAACAACAGAAUGUUUGUGAAGGAAUUCAGUCAUAACGAUGUCAAUACUAGAGCUUUGGCUACAUUUGCGGCUAUUCAUGAAGCUCUGCUCACUUCAACAGAGGCUUUUCCAAAUGUGGAAUUCACGUUCCAAGUUCAAGACGCCGGUGAUUCCGAAGAUGAACCUAUACCAACACUUGUCCUCGACAGGACAGCCGAUCAGCCUGAAUUGUGGCUCAUGCCCGACUUCGGGUUCUGGUCGUGGCCUGAACCUAAGGUAGGAAGCUUUGGUGAGGUGAGGGAUAAGGCAGGUAAAUGGGAAUCUAAACACAGCUGGUCGGAGAAGCUACCAAAACUUUUCUGGAGAGGUGCAUCACUUGAUCGUGAAAUACGUAAGCAAUUGAUCAAUGCAGCAAACGGGUAUGCUUGGUCAGAUGUCAAGAUGAUGGAUUGGGGUAAUAUCCAGCCUGGUGAUUUGUUGACAAUGGAGGAGCAUUGCGGGUAUCAGUUCUUGGUGCAUGUUGAAGGCGUAGCUUACUCAGGUAGACUCAAGUAUCUUCUUCAAUGCCACUCCGUCUCUGUGAUGCAUGAACUAAAGUUCAUUCAACACUUCCAUCACUUGUUGGACGGCAAUUCUACAUCAGCUGACCAAAACGUCGUUGUUGUUCCACUGCCAGAGAGGAGACCAGGUAGUGAGACGGAUCCAAACCCAUGGGAACGCCUACCUGAAGUGAUGGAACAGCUCAAGAAGAAUCCAGACAGGGUUAAGAGGAUUGCAGAUAACAGCUGGGAAGGACUGAGGAGUAGGUAUUUGACACCAUCUGCUACUGUUUGCUACUGGAGAAGGCUAUUGAGUCUCUGGAGUCAGGCUCAGGCAUUUACAGUAAAGGUCGAUGACAGUUAUAUACCUUACGAAUCAUUCAUGUUGAUGAGGACGGUUGAUUGGCAGGCACAUUAG